UCUAUUCUGCAGGGCGUGAGAGGAGCCGGUGCAGACUGAUGUCAGGCAGGUGGCGGAAAAGCUCCACUCCUGCUUUGACGGCUCAUUUGCAGCUUCACUUGCCUCCUCUUCACUUAGAAGUGAAGUGAAACCGGUGUGACUCCUCUUCCCCCCGGGGUCCCCACCCAGAGCAUCUGCGGCAGCCUCCGGAGGAGGAGCUGGCAUUUCGCGGUCUCCAUGGAGAGCCAGGCGCUGGCGAGGCUGGGUCACCCGGCAGCGCCUGGCACGCUGAGGAGUUCUGUCUGGCUGGCUGCACAAAGCGACGCCCAGGACCAGGCAAGGCAUUAUGGGAGACCAGAGCAGUAGCUUCGGGCCAGAGGCUGGUUAGUUACACGAAGACACUUGCCACCCCAGAUUUCCUCCGGCCCCCUGAAAACUCUGCCCUGCCAGGAAGCCUGCAGGAGGCUGGACGCCGGUUCGCUUGCUGGGAGUGCUCCCGAUCGGUACGAGUUGGACCCAGGACUGGGGUCUGCGGAUCUACACCCUCAGGAAGGUGUUGGAGGAGAAAGUGUCUGGAAAAUGGAGAGGCCCAGCUGGGUGUUCUGUGUAACACACGAGGCCUGGACGUUUCGCUGGCUAUCGGAUGGGGAAAGGCUAUUAAACCUCAUGCUACAGGGUGCAAAGCAGGACCUACUGUGGGGCAGAUCCUGCCCUGUCUGCUACUGCCAUGUCCUUCUUCCUCCGGGGCUGCUCCGGUCAGAGACGGGACCCUGAGCUAGAUGGAGCUGGGGGUCUGGCCAUGCCUGUGCCAUUUGCUCAGCGCUGCGCUAGGGAAAUGGGUGGGGGUCCGGUCUAACUGAUGUGGAGCCAGCCCCAUGAGGCAGGGAUCGCCCCAGCCUGUUGCAUGUGAAAGGAUCUUUUGUAGUUUCUCCCUUCUCACAGCUCGGAUCCUGGCUGCUGCGCAUCAGGAGCCCUUAAUAACAUUAGCCUGGCCUGUUCUUAUUGCUAUCAGCUGAUAGCUGCCUGAUUCUCCCCGCGGGCGGGAGGAGUGGGGCGGGGGCGGCUCCCGGACCAGGCGCGCGCUUGUGGUGAGCCUGCCGCGCCGCAGAGUGGAGAGGAUGGUGGAGCUCAGAUCUAAAGGCAGAAUGACCGAGCGUGGAGCCUGUGCCAGCCUCGUGCCCCUCCAGUAACCCUCCCGCCGUGACCCAGCUGUGCCGUGGCUGCAGCUCGGCGUAACUGCCCCGGGGGCGGGUUGCUUGCCAAGGGCUCGGGGCACAGGAGCAGCCAUGCCUUGGAGGUGGAUUAGCAGGAGCUUCACCUGGUCCAAGGAAUCCACAAAAUCCUCCAAAAGUGCCCAGCCGCGACGCAGACCUUCCAGGAGCAUGAGCGUGGCCCAGACCAUGGAGGACACCUGCGAGCUGGACCUGGUGUACAUCACCGAGCGGAUCAUCGCCGUCUCCUACCCCAGCUCGGCCGAGGAGCAGAACUUCCGCAGCAACCUCAAGGAGGUGGCCCAGAUGCUCAAGUCCAAGCAUGGAGAUAACUACCUGCUUUUCAACCUGUCCGAGCGCAGACAGGACGUCAGCAAGCUGCACUGCAGGGUGCUGGAUUUCGGGUGGCCCGACCUGCACACGCCUGCCCUGGAGAAGAUCUGCAGCAUCUGCAAGGCCAUGGACACGUGGCUGACCGCCGAGCCCCACAACGUGGUCGUGCUCCACAACAAGGGAAACCGAGGCCGGAUGGGAGUCGUGGUGGCCGCCUACAUGCACUACAGCAACAUUUCAGCCAGCGCGGACCAGGCCCUCGACAGGUUUGCCAUGAAGAGGUUCUACGAGGACAAGGUGCUGCCGGUCGGGCAGCCCUCGCAGAAGAGGUAUGUCCAUUACUUCAGCGGCCUGCUGUCCGGCACCAUCAAAAUGAACAACAAGCCCUUGUUCCUGCACCACGUCAUCAUGCACGGGAUCCCCAACUUCGAGUCCAAAGGGGGUUGCCGGCCCUUCCUGAAGAUCUACCAGGCCAUGCAGCCGGUGUACACGUCCGGGAUCUACAACGUGCAAGGAGACAGCCAGACCAGCAUCUGCAUCACCAUCGAGCCCGGACUGCUCCUGAAGGGAGAUAUCCUGCUGAAAUGCUACCACAAGAAGUUCCGCAGCCCAACCCGAGACGUCAUUUUCCGGGUGCAGUUCCACACGUGCGCCAUCCAUGACCUCGGCAUUGUCUUUGGGAAGGAGGACCUGGACGAAGCCUUUAAAGACGACCGGUUUCCGGAGUACGGGAAGGUGGAGUUUGUGUUCUCUUACGGCCCUGAGAAGAUCCAAGGGAUGGAACAUCUGGAGAACGGCCCCAGCGUCUCCGUGGAUUACAACACCUCGGACCCCCUCAUCCGCUGGGACUCCUACGACAACUUCAACGUCCGCCGGGAGGACAGCAUGGAGGGUACCUGGGCUGGUCCCCACCCGGCCCACAAAGCUCCGGACACAGAGCUCGGGCACACCCAGGGGCCACUGGACGGGAGCCUCUACGCCAAGGUGAAGAAGAAAGAUUCCCUCCACGGUAGCACCGGCGCUGUCAACGCCAGCCGCGCCCCCCUCUCCGCGGCGCCCAACCACCUCGAGCACACGCUUUCCGUCAGCAGCGACUCGGGCAACUCCACCGCUACCGACAAGACCGACGAGCAGGCGGCGCCCGGCGGCGGCCCCCCAGCGCUGACUCCCGAGGAGAAGCGAGAGCUCGAGCGCCUCUUGAGCGGCUUCGGCUUGGAGAGCGAAGCCCCCAUGCACAACCGCCACCCAGGGGCGGCGCCGGCCAGCGGCUCCGCCCUCACGGGGCGCCACGUGGUGCCGGCCCAGGUGCACGUCAACGGGAGCGCCGGCACCCUGGUGGCCGAGCGGGAGACGGACAUCCUGGACGACGACCUGCCCAACCAGGACGGGCACAGCGUCGGCAGCCUGGGCACCCUCUCCUCCUGCGACGGCACCACCAACGCCAGUGAGGUUGGCUACCAAGAGGUGCCCCGGAUGGAGAGCCUCUCCUCCCUGCCGAACGGCCCGUCCAGCUUCGACGGCGCGGACAAGCUGCACAAGGACGGGCUGUAUGACUCGGAGCCGCUGAUCAAUGGGGGGUACCCGUACAACAACCAGAACACGCUGCGGAGCAUGAUGGGGCGACACCCUCAGCUCCUGAGCCAGAUCCGGCCCUCGGUGUCUGCUCAGGAGAACCUGUCCGACUACCGGCAGCAGCAACCCGGCUUCCCUGAGCCCGGCUGGCUGCAGCCCCGGCCGCCGGCCACCACGCAGCCCUACAUGUACGGCUUUGACUCCAACGACAUGUACCGCUCUCAGUCCUACCCAGCCGCCGAGCCGGGCCUCCAGCUCCCCCAGGCGCCGGCACGGAGCACCAGCAGCCGGGAGGCCGUGCAGAGGGGCCUCAACGCCUGGCAGCAGCAGGGCGGCAGCAGCGGCGGGAGCCGGCCACCCUCCCGCCAGCAAGACGGUGGCCUGGAAAGCCAAAGCCCUAGCGUCUCCAGUUCGAGCCCCCAGCCCAGCCCCUUGCAGGCGGCCCCCCCUCCGGGCCACAGCAUCCCUGAGUUCCCUCGGGUGGCCUCCCCGAAGGAGAUCGAGCAGUCGAUAGCAGCACUGAACAUGCUCAUGCUGGACCUGGACCCGUCCGCCUCGACGCUGCACAAGUCCCAGAGCGUCCCCAUGGCCACCACGGAGGACCAGCCCGGCCCGGUGGUCUCCUCUCUGUCUGCCCAGCCAGUGUGGGGCCUUCCUAGCCAGGCGGCCCCUCAGGUGACCCAGCCGAGACCCAGCAACGCCUUCGGAGCCGUGCCGGCGAGUGCGUCCCUCAACGCCAUGGGCACUGCCGUCACCCAGCCCCCACCAGCUUCUGAACUGCUGGCCAAAGUCCAUCUGCCAGGACCGCCGGCCCAGGGGGGCCGGGGCGCUGGCGAGCCAGAGUACGUGGGGCAGGAUUUGGGGGUGUCCUACUCGCCCUACGGCUACCAGAACCAGCAGCCGCCUGUGCCGCAGACAAGGAGCUACAGCCGCCCCCCGGGAAGCCCCCCAUCCUCUCCCAUCCCUCCGGCAACAGCUUACAGCCCUGUGGGGCCUCAGCCGCCCCUGAGCACGUCGCCCCCCUCCCCCGCAGCGACAGCCCAAGCCCAGGUGCCGCCGAAGGGAGCGGAGCAUCACCCAGAGCCUGCCAGACCCUCGGAAGAAGAGCCCUUGAACCUGGAAGGGCUGGUGGCCCACAGAGUAGCAGAGUACAACGCCAAACUGCGGGGCAUCCGGCAGAGCACGAAAGCCCCCCAUCCUCCUCUGCACCGACAAAGAUCCUUCUCCUUCGCUGGGGUGGAGUCACGGGACAAGUCCCUGGAGGAGCCCGGAGCGCCGAACCGAAGACGCACGACCAGCGACGGCCAGUACGAGAACAGUCCCCAGGAGCCCGGCUCGCCUCGGAGCCCCACUGCCCGGUCGCCGGUCCACAGCUUCUCGCCAGAGGUGGUCAGCAGCAUCGCCGCCAACCCGGGAGGGAGGCCCAGAGAGCCUCAUCUCCACAGCUACAAGGAAGCCUUUGAAGAGCUGGAGGGGACCUCUCCAACCAGCCCACCCUCCAGCGGUGGUGAGAUCUCUCCCCCAACCCCUGCCUUUCCUGUCUCGCCGCAAACCCCUUACGGUCACCUGCUGCGCUCCCCACCCGGCCUGGCCAAGACCCCGCUGUCUGCAUUGGGCCUGAAGCCCCAUAACCCAGCCGAGAUCCUGCUGCAGCCGACGGGAGGGCCCAGGAGCUAUGUGGAGUCGGUGGCUCGCAAGGCGGCGGCGGGGGGCGGGGGGACGCCCCAGAGCCCCCCAACUCCGCAGGCCUACGGCACUGAGACGCCGAUGAGGAACGGGGCCUUCAUGAACUCCUUCACCUCCCCCAGCCCCAUCUCUACCAGCAGCCCCAUUCACAGCAUGGACGGGGUGUCGAUCCGCAGCUACCCGUCCGAGAGCAGCGGCCACAGCACGGCCUCGCCCCCGCGGCCCUCGCCCGAGUCCAGCUCCCAGGCGCCGUCGGCACACAGCAGCUACCAAAACGCCUCACCGGCGUCCUUCAGCCACGGCGGCUACGCAAGCCCCGAGUACCCCGACGGCCGAGCCGGCGCGAGGCCGCAGCCCCAGGUCAGCGUGGUGGGUGUUCACGUCCUGCCGGGGAGCCCCCAUACCCUUCACAGGACAGUGGCCACCAACACGCCGCCAAGCCCCGGUUUCGGGCGAAGAGCACUCGAUCCCGGCACAGCGGCCGCUCCCGGGAGCCCCAGCCUGGGCAGGCACAUCGUGUACGGCUAUUCCACCCCGGAGGAGCAGCGUCCCACGCUGUCCCGGCAGAGCAGCGCCUCGGGGUACCAGCCCCCCUCCACCCCGUCGUUCCCCGUCUCCCCGGCCUACUAUCCCGGCCUGAGCAGCCCGCAGUCCUCCUCCCCGGACUCCGCCACCUACCGGCAGGGCAGCCCCACGCCGCAGCCGGUGCUGCCCGAGAAAAGGAGGAUGUCGGCCGGGGAGCGGUCCAACAGCCUGCCUAACUACGCCACGGUGAAUGGCAAGGUGUCCUCGCCCGUCUCCAGCGGCAUGUCCAGCCCCUGCAGCGGGAGCAGCGUGGCCUACCCACACACCCUGCCUGACUUCUCCAAACUCUCGCUGCCAGACAGCAGCCCCGAGACCCGGGCCAGCGUGAAGUUUGUCCAGGACACCUCCAAGUAUUGGUACAAGCCGGAGAUUUCCAGGGAGCAGGCCAUCACACUGCUGAAGGACAGGGAGCCUGGAGCCUUCAUUAUCCGAGACAGCCACUCCUUCCGGGGAGCCUACGGGCUGGCCAUGAAAGUGGCCUCUCCGCCUCCCACCAUCCUGCAGCAGAACAAGAAAGGAGAUAUAACCAACGAGCUGGUGAGGCAUUUCCUGAUUGAGACCAGCCCGCGGGGGGUGAAGCUAAAAGGAUGCCCCAACGAGCCCAACUUUGGAUGCCUGUCGGCUCUGGUGUACCAGCACUCCAUCAUCCCGCUGGCCUUGCCCUGCCAGCUGGUCAUUCCCGACCGAGAUCCCACGGACAAAACGAAAGAGGCGGCCUCAGCCGCCAACUCGGCGACAGACCUGCUGAAGCAGGGAGCUGCCUGUAACGUGCUCUUCAUCAACUCGGUGGAGAUGGAGUCGCUGACGGGCCCGCAGGCCAUCGCCAAAGCCAUCAGCGAGACGCUGGCCCUGGCGCCCACGCCCUCCGCCACCAUCGUGCACUUCAAAGUCUCCGUGCAGGGAAUCACCUUGACGGACAACCAGAGAAAAUUGUUCUUCAGACGCCAUUAUCCCCUCAGCACCGUCACCUACUGCGACCUGGACCCCCAGGAACGAAAAUGGACUAAAUCAGACGGCGGAGGUCCCGCAAAGCUCUUUGGCUUUGUGGCCAGGAAGCAGGGAAGCACAACGGACAACAUUUGUCACCUCUUCGCCGAGCAGGAUCCUGACCAGCCGGCCGCCGCCAUCGUCAAUUUCGUGUCAAGGGUCAUGCUUGGCUCCGGCCAGAAGAGAUGAGCCGCUGGACACGGGUAGUUCUUGCCCUUGAAUUUUGGAGAAGGACUUGGAGUUGAUCCGAGAAGGAGCGCGAGGAAGUGCAUUGUGGGAGAGGGAAGUGAAUCGGGGGGAAACGGUCUGAAUUGUGGAAGAAAAAAAACCCUCACCCAAUCGUAACAAAACAAAACUAAAGGAAGCGAUGUCAGCGCAUUUCCCAUCGCAGGGAAUGUGACCAGCGCAACGGCCAGGAGUCGGAGGAGUGGAACCGGGUUGGCUUUUGGAUCAGGAUCCCCGCGGGGGGUUUCAAGUGGCGAAUUCAUCCCGGGUCAUAGUGGGAACGUUCGCGGCCCUGCCAUUUGAAAACCAGCAACUCUGUUUGCAAAUGUCAGUCGUUUGUUUUAAAUAACCGUGGCUAACCGAUCGAACAAAAGGCAGGUCUGCAGGACCCCCCUCCGCCUCCCCUCCCUGGGGCCAUACCCAUUGGAACAGCUUACCAAGGGCAGUGGUGGGCUUUCUCCAUCACUGGCCAUUUUUAAAUCAAGAUGAGAUGUUUUGCUAAGAGAUCUGCUCUGGUUCAAACAAGAAUGAAUUCUGGGCAGAUCUCUGCCCUGUGUUACACAGGAGGUCAGACUGGAUCUCAGUGGUCCAUUCUGGCCUUAUGACCUAUGUGCUAGAGCAGUGGUUUUCUACCAGUGCUCGCAGACCCCGGGGGGUGGGUGGGGGCCUGCAGACUAUGUCUAAGUUUUCCAAAGGGGUCCGCACCCCCAUUUGAAAUUUUUUAGGGGUCCACAAAUGAAAACAGGUUGAAAACCACUGUGCUCAAGUGAUCAGGCAGGAGAAAAAGGAUGGUCAAUAUCCCUUUUAACCUUCCCUUCUCUGAGGUCUGCAACUCCUGUGUAUAUGAAGUGUGUGUGGGGAUGUGUCAUACAUGUACAUUCCCAGCAGCGGGGUUUAUAUAAAGCCUGUAGCCCCCUAGCAACUCCCUUUGCUCUCUGUGCUGCACGCCACAGCCCGUCAGGAUUGCCUGGCAGCAGAAGGGAGAGAAUUCAGAUCCUCCUGCUCCAAAAAGCACAGGACUAGGCCACUUGAGCGAAAGGGGACGCGUUGGUUAGCGGUACGGGAUCUAUGACACAUAGGUGCGCAGUUCUGAUUCCAUCCAGUACAGGGCAGUGGUGACGCAUACACACUAGGCAGUUCUUAUACACGCACGGAGUUGCAUAGCAGUUUGCCCUUCACUAACUGCAUUCGGGAGCAUGCUUUCCAAAGAUCAUCUUCACCAGAAAGAUCUUCUGGCCUAUAUACAAUGGGGCCUGCAGUACCUGUCCUUUACCCUGUAUUUUCGCCUGCAGACUGUCACGUGUUCUCUUAAAGACGAACAUACCGGAAGCGGACGCAGGUCUGGUCGAGCCUGGUCUCUUCUCCUUCUGUAGACGUACAAGCGAUUUGUUCAUUGCAUGGACAUUUGGUUGCGCGAAAGGCAAAUAAGUAUAAAGAAAACUCAUGCAUUUUUGGAGGCCACUAAAAGAAAAGACCCUGCAGUCUGUGGGCGGCUUUGGCUCUGCCGGAUUCUCUCCGCUGAUCCAAAAGCCAAGAGAUCUCAUGGCCGGAUUUGGGCCUCAGAUGCUCUGCCCUGCGGCGGCUUGGAGCUCUGAACGUAUGGUAAUUUAGUAACGACCCAGGAGGUGUAAGCUUUGCCUUGGCUGCAGGAGGCCAGAGGCCCUAGACCUUGCACUGAAAUGCUGACUCACAAGAGAGAGCGACUAGCCUUGCAAAUGGGGAUGGAUGCAUUACCCACAGAUACCGGGCUCUGGUCGUCUCCCUGACUCCACACGGGGCCCCAUGGGGCGAGCUGGCGUUAACAUCUGGCUCCGUGUAGCUCGGGUGAGAUAGGAGCCCCCAGAGGACAGUCCAGGCAGUUAACAGAUGGUUUUCCGUCUCCCUGGGGAGUGGUUGUGUAGUUGGCCAGGUAAAAUUAUGCAGGUUUUACACAGGGUGACCAGACAGCAAAUGUGAAAAAUCAGGACAGGGGGUCGGCGGUAAUAGGAGCCUAUAUAAGAAAAAGACCCCAAAAUCGGGACUGGCCCUAUAAAAUCGGGACAUCUGGUCACCCUAGUUUUACACCUUCCUCUGACAGAGCUGGUAUUGGCCAAUCCCGGGAGGCAGGAUGGCAGAUUGGAUGGGCCAACGCGUUCUUCCCGUGUGGUAAAUCUCAGGGGUGUAUUUUUCUUUUUUUAAUGCUUAGUUCAAGCUAGAGCUGAGACCCAAGCUAUGAACAGCCCCCCCCCUGCCCCCAAGCCCAAACACUCCCCAGUUCUGGGGGCAUUCCAAACCCAGAUCUCCAUGGAUCUACAGCUUGCACCCAGCUCUGGGGAACCCUAAAAAUUUGCAUUGACAACCAAUCUCCCAAGCAUCUUUCUGGAGCUUUUGGGAAAUGCAGUAACCAGCUUGAAUUGCUCAGAUAUGGUCAGAGGUGUUAGGGGAUGGGGGAAGCAGGAGAGAGAGGCCUUUCCUUGUUGGUGCCACAUUUCAGUGCAAGGUUAUGUGAUACAGGCUGUUCAUAAAACCAAAAACCACCCAAGAUCUAUAAACCAGCUAAAAUAUUGCAGCCACCUGGAUUCCCCCAGAGCAUUCUGCUCUCUCAUACAGAGGCAGUGUCCUGAUAUAUAUAAUAUAUAUAUGAAAUAUACUGAAAAAUACUGUAAGCUAAUCAAAUUUUUAAAAAGGGUUAAAUUUACACAAAAAUAUUUAUUUUUUGCCAUAUUGCUUUAUGUGUAUCUUAUCUCCUCCAUUAUAUAUGGCCCCCCACCCUGUCCACAUAUAGACUCCUGUACGUAUAACUCACCGUAGAGUGUAACAGGCGAACGUGGUUUAUUUCGGUUAUACCAGUGACAUGGGCAAGAGAGCGCAGUGCCCCUUUAGACCCCGCCCCCCCAAGGAGCAACGCGUAUGAUUGGUCCCCCACCUCUAGCCCCCACCCCUUUUCCCUGUUGAACAUGGAAAUUUGCUAGCACCUGGAGCAAAUUAGCAUGUGAGGCGUGUGAGUUUGAAACCGUUGCCAAGUGACAUGAGGGUUGGCGGCGUGCGCGGAUGUGUGUGAGCGUGUGUGUGUGUGAGGGCCACAGCUGCGUGAGCGUGCGGAGGGCUCUUUCGUUUCUGGAGACCGGAUGAGGGUUAGAUUUGCGUCAGGGAGGUGUUGGGCGACUGGUACUGGGAUGGGGUGGGAGUGGUCACUUUAUGACGUCCGGCAGGGCCCUGUGUUCCAGCCCACCCCGCUGUAUAGGACGUUGAGAUAUUUUUAUUUUAAGUUGUUAAAAAGAAAUGCCCUCCUUCUGCAAAAUUCAAGCAAGAGGAACCCCUCACUUGUAACCUUCUCACCCUGCCAUUAACCGAUUAGACAAACACUGUGUUUAUAGAUAUUUAAAUAUAUAAAGGUAUAUUUUUUGAAAGUCUCUAUUUUUCAGACUUCAUUUUUCUCACAGCUAAAGCUAAUUUUAUUAUUUUUGUUUUAAUCUGCUGUCCUGCCCCGGAAAUUGGGGCUUGAGCAUUAAAUGCAUAUUUUUCCCCAUAAAAUGAACCCAUAUUAAGGCAUCGAGCAAUCUCGUCUAUAGAACGAUCACAGCAGAUACUCGAUAAUGACAGAACACUUGCUUCCAGCUGUGGCUGGCAACGGCUCGUUGCUAACUCACCAGCUGAAGACAGAAGGUUUAGACUGUCAAAAUCUCUAAUGCUACAAUCACUAUUGAUUAUAUUUUUAACACAAAGCUAAUCAUCUUGCAAAUGACAUAAGCAGCCGUUUUCCAGCUUCCAUUUAAGACUUUAAAAAAAACAACAGUUGCAUUUUAUGGGUAACUUCUUUCUGUCAUCCCUGAUUUCCCAAGCCAGACCAUCAGCUUGUGUAAAUCGGAGUAGUUCCACUGAUCUCUGUGAAGCUACUAAGCCAGGCAAAAACCUGGCUUCACUGGCCAAGGUUUAUAGUUUUCUUUCCUAAAGGGUCCGAGAAGAUUCUUUGUGUUUUAAAAAUGCAGUCACAGUAUUUGAGAUUGAUGCUGAUGCAAUUUAUCCCAGCGGAUGUAUCCUAAUAAUCACACUGCCGUUUUUUCCAGCAGCGGAUGUUGUAUCUCUCACACACACGCAGACACUCACACCUACUCCAUGCACAAGGAACUGCAUAUAUUCUUGCCAAAGAUAUCCUUUAAAAUGCACUUUUCCCAGCCGGUUUUGUUUUGUUUUGUAAAUUGAUUGUAUGUGCUCUUUUCCCCGCCGCACCAAGAACCCCUUUGCUGGCGAUUUUGUUGUGUGCAUUAGUAAGCUCUGAUUCCCGGAGCGCCCAGCUGAUGUUAAUUUUAUGUAACUCUGUAUUCCAGUAGAGUCGGAGAUUCUUAAAAUAGUUGACACAAGAUAUUCUGAUUUCUUUAGCCGCAGACUGAGUGAUGACAGCAGCAGGUCAGUCAAUUCUCGUCACCCCUCUCCUGGCCUUCCCUUCUCAAACCCCUUCUUCAUUAAAGAACCCCGGAGACCAAGCAACAUGCUGUAGUUGCUUGUGUCUGGUGGCAUUUCAAGCAAACUGCUAUAUAUGUCUCCUCCAUAUCUUACUGCUCAAGGAACUCCCUCCCCACCUCUCCCAGAAAGGGAAAUUGGAAUGUCUUUGGGCUUCUGAUCGAAAAGCUGUUAAAGUCAACGGGUUUACCAUUGAUUUAUGAGCUUUGGCCUGGUCUACACUGGGAGGGGGGUCGAUGUAAGAUACGCAGCUUCAGCUGCGGGAAUACCCAUAGCUGAAGUCGACGUAUCUUAUUUCGACUUACCUCCCGUCGACGCGGGAGCAGGAUCGACAGCCGCGGCUCCCCCGUCGACUCCGCUACCGCCGCUUGCUCCGGUGGGGUUCCGGAGUCGACAGGGAGCGCGUUCGGGGAUCGAUAUAUUGCGUCUAGAUGAGACGCGAUAUAUCGAUCCCCAAUAAAUCGUUCGCUACCCGCUGAUACGGUGGGUAUUCUGGACGUACCCUAAGACUCAGAAUCUUAAAUAUACAAACAUCCACUAAGUGCAUUGUCAUCCCUCACUCCAAACGUCCUUUCAUGGGAUUGGAUCCAAAUUGUGCCUAGCUCCCUAUUUACCACCUGGCUAACCACCACCACCCCAAAUUUCAGACAACUUUGGCACUACAUCCAGGGCGCGUCAUUGGCCAUCAUGGCAUUGAUCAGUGAAUAACCCAGAAUCAAAACACUUGAGCGAGGCUUUGGGAUCUCUCCUGGAGCUCUGGUGAAGGUUGGUAUAAAAACAGAAUCAGUUUAAGACAGCGUCCGUUCCUGGAACUGAACUGUUUCUGAGUUUCAGUAAACGCAGAACCUUCCCCACUGCAUCCAUGCCCUCUUCUCCCGUUCCUGGCUGGGGCUGGGAUUGGAGCUCUUCUCCCUGCAGAACCCAGCACAUUCUUGUGAGGUUCCCAUGUCCAGUUUCUCGGCUUAACGAGACUUGGGCGAAGGAAUUGAACUGUUGGGAGCUUAUCGGAACCAAACGAGUUUAGAGAUUUGCCCUGCACUGGUUGGUGUCUUUUCACUCUGUUCCUUCCCCGCCCCCAACUCUUGUUGUAUGUGUGUAGUUCCUGUUUGCAUUACCAGAGAAGUCAACAUAACACAAGCCUCACGCCCUCCCCCCAUUCAUCAACAUAAUGGGGCCACAAUUGGCACUGACUCCUCCCCUCCCCCCCCAUACAAUGAGCUGCCCCAAACUAGAGGGCAGAGCAGUCAAUUUGGAUCCUGAGUCACCUGAAUCUGCAUCUACAAUAUGGACACAACACCCAACACCUUCCCCCAUUCUGGGAUUUGGGGCUGAUCUUGCGCUCACUGAAAUCAAGGGCAAAACUCCCAUUGGCUCUACUGGUGCAGAUCCUCAAUCCUUGAGGUGAAUGUUUGGAAAGCACACGGGGUGCCUCCUUUAAAAGGCACUGCAGGGGUGCAAAGUAUUAUUUAAACAAACCCUCAGCCUCAUAAAUAAUCCAGCUGGUAAAAACCUGCUAAUCAAACUGACAGGAAAAUCGUGCAGCAAAGUGGGCUGGUAUUUUUUGUUUUGCUAACUCGGUUGUUUUUUUUGUUUGUUUUUUUAAAAAUCACUCUUUUUUUUCAAUAUUUCAUUUGCUGUUGUGUUGUUACCAUUGUCGAUUUGGGAAUGUUACAAAUGUAUUUGCUAAUCAGUGUUAACGACCAGUUUAAAAUAACUUGCCUUCAAUUUGCAUCAUGUCAGGUUUUUUUUUUUAAAUGUAUGAAACACAAAAGAGGAAAAAGCGAAUUUCCCAUUUCGGUGUAUUUAUAGCGAUGGAAAUAUACUUUAUAUUUUUCAUCUUUGUGCCCAUAACUUUGUCACUUGUAUAAAGGCGACCUGUGUUACUCAUUGUCCAUGUGUGAAUGUGCACUACACCCCUCCCCUAGCCGUUUUUCCUCUCCUUUGUACAGAGGGCUGAUUCUUGGCAGUUCAUUGUAUGGCUUUAUAAGUGAUAAAAGAAUCAAUUAUAUAUAAUAUACUGUUGCUUGGAAUGCCAGCUCGGGGUCUGGAUCGCUGGAAUUGUAUCUCAGAAUUUAAGGGAGUGCAGGAAUAAAUGCUCUGUUCUUUUUGCACAGGGAAAUCUAUAUGGUGA